AUGCUAGGAAGCUCAACAUGGACAUGCCUGCGGUGUUUCUCACGAAGUGUACGGCUAGCGCAGUCUAGCAGAAUUGUUCCAGUGUCUAGAAGAUAUAGCUCUGCAGUAACCCCAAAAGAAGCUGAAUUGUCUCCUAUCCUGUUAAACAGAGCGAGAGCCUUAGCUGCGGAACAUGCCACCCUCACGGCAAAACAGGCAGAGUCCUUCGAGAGGGCUGCUGCAAAACGGAUAGGAGAGAUUGCGCCAGUUGCCAAUGCAUUAAAAGACUGGGAUACAGCCCAUGAGUCCAUAACGGAGCUGCAGGGCCUGAUAGAUGAACCGUCUACCGAUACGGAACUUAAAUCCCUCGCUGAAGAUGAUAUAACAACAACGAUUGGGACAUUAUCAUCCUUAUCCGCUACAUUAAAACGGGCUUUGAUCCCUCGACAUCCUUUUGCCGAUAUGCCGUGUCUGAUCGAGAUUCGUCCGGGGGCGGGAGGUGACGAGGCAGGGCUAUUUGCUGCGGAGAUGCUCCGCAUGUAUACAUCGUUCUGCUCUAGCCGAGGCCUGAGAACUACAAUCAUAAAAAUGGAGGCAGAGGACGGAGUCGGCGCGGGCGCAGAGGAGCGUCUGUCUGAAGUGGUGAUGGAAGUCGAAACCCCUGGGAGCUAUAACAUACUACGGACUGAGGCAGGAGUGCAUCGUGUUCAGCGAGUGCCGGCCACAGAGGCAAAGGGGCGAACCCAUACGAGUGCGGUUAGCGUUAUGAUACUGCCCAGUUUUCCCGAGAGCAACCAAGAAGACAGCCCCCUUAACUUUGAUGAUCCGAAUUCAGAUUACUACGUCAACCCCCAAGAUGUGCAAUCUGAGAAAUUCCGAGCCAGUGGUGCUGGUGGCCAGCAUGUCAACAAGACUGAGUCCGCAGUGCGGCUCACACAUAUUCCUACCGGAACAGUCAUCUCGAUGCAGGACUCCCGUUCCCAGCACGAGAAUCGCAGGAAGGCCUGGCUAUUGCUCAGAGCCAAGUUAGCUCAAGCCAGACGAGAGGCGAGAGAACAGGAAAUGAUGGAACUACGUCGUGGUGCCAUGGGCGGCGUCAACAAGACUGGCAGAGGAGAUAAGAUCCGUACAUACAACUUCACACAGAGUCGAUGUACAGACCACCGGAGCGGCAUGACAGUCCAUAAUAUUGGCAAGGUCAUGGAUGGAGGUGAGAACCUUGAGAAGAUCAUGGAGAGCGUUCAGAGCUGGCUUGUAGAUCAGGAAGUUGAGGCCCUUUGUCUAGAGCAGCAAGCUGCCACUGCUGAUGGUAAAUCCUCUCGCAAAGCUACUGCUUGA